CAAUGGCGCUCACUAUCAUGGGAUAAGCUAUCGCGAAGAAAAUGUAAGAACGCCCUGGGGUCGAUCAAGAAGCUAUGCCGGUGAUGGACCAAUAUAUUUACCAACAGAACAUAGGCCAAAAUGGGAACCACCCCCCGUGCUUCAAAGAACACAUCAACACUUUGGCAGUGGCCUGUUUCCCCACCCUAGGUGAGUUAACAUUAUAAUUUGACUGACAUAAGUGAGACUUUCAAGCCCCAUAUGCUAAACAAACAAGCUUUCCUUGGCAAGUGUAGUGGUGUACCUUCUCGUGUGUACGGUCAACAAGUUUUCCUUUACAAGUAUUUAUUGUAGAGCUAUUAUAGAGAGAGAUUUUAUAGUAAAAUUGAGAAAGCCAGGUUUUACAAAUUUCUCAACAACUGAAGGAUAAAUCAAUUCGAAAUUGAUCAAGUGGAUCCAGUGAGCUCUUUCUGUAUAUAUCUGGGGCAAGAACUUAAGUCAUUCGGCAUAUAAGUAAAGUGCAGCCGAUAGCUAUUAAUUGAGGUUUUUUAAAACCUCAAUUAAUAGCUAUCGGCUGCACUUUAUUUUGUUUUUUCUAACGAAUCUUAACGCUAGUCAAGUAACGUUUUCAGUUUAUAAAAUCAUAUAUAAUAUUAGUCUUUAAGGUGGCUCACUAGGGUUUUAUAACAGAGGGUUAUGUUCUUCAUAUACUGUAUAUGUAAAUAUCGCAAGUAAUCGCGCGAGUUCACAAUACGAACAAACCGUGGUGUUAAAGAAACUGAUAUAAACAAAUACGUGUGCCUUGCUUUAAUUAAACUAUAAAGUAAGUUCUAAAAUUCACAACGAUACUUGGAUGUAAUGUUUCAGAAAAAUACAGUGUAAAUUACACAAACCAACCGUACACGAGGAUCGCGUCGAGUACUUUGAGAUAUGGUAUAAACUUUCCUUUGUAUUCCCAAUAUUUUCUACACCAUACAGCAUCACUUCUGUCGAUAAAGAUGACUUAAAAAUAACGAGCCCUCCACUCUUUGAACAGGCGCUCGCGAAAACAUCGGUCAUCAAUCGUUGAGCAUUUUCAAAUUAAUGCCAACAUAUCACAUGCAGCCAGUAAUCUCUUAUUUUUUGCCACCAUUUUAUUUUACAUGUAAUCAACCACGGUUAGUUGAUCAUCAACCGACGUGCAGUAAUUAAAACAGCAGAUUAAAAAAAUUUAUAUUUUCAAAUUUUAACUCUAUUUUAAGCACACCGUUGCCAUAGUAGGCUUUCAGCAUAAAAUUUCGGCUUCAUGCCAUGUGCAUGAAGUGAAGCGGAAUACGGUAGUGUAUAUAGUACAUGCAGUGCAAAAAUCCUAGAAAGCCAUUGUAAUUGAAUCCAAGUCAAAAUACAAAAUUUCGCCACAACUCCCUCAGCUUCGUACAGACCGACCGCCCAGACAAAAACAUUAGAAAGAUAUUGUGCUGAUGUCCAAUAGCUCUUCAAUUUUCACGAUUUUUGGCUUUGCUAUUUGUACUCGAGUUAUAUGGUGCUCACUGCUCACUAAGCUGACCCAGUUGUUCUGAAAAUCUUGCUUCACUGCUGGACAAGCAAAAGGUUUAUACUGAAACAAAUGCCGCAGCAGUUAUAAAGUUAAAAUAUUCCCUGAUAUUCAAAAUCACCUCUGCUGACCCUUGUAGAGGUUAUCCUUUUGUUCAAUUUUACGACGUGACUCAACUGAAGAGAAGUGAUCUGAGAAGCAGUGAUGAAUUGUAAGUAUAGAAUCAAUUAAUCAUGAUUUUUUCUGUGUUGGUGUUAUAUAAUCAGGUGAAUAUAUGAUGCUUGUGAUGUUACUGUGAGUGUGUAUCCACACCGGGCAAGCUUUAAAACUAAAUAUGCCUGACCAUGGUAAUAAUCGAACCUACGAUCUUUGGAGUACUAUCCAAUGUUCAGCCAACUGAUCGAGUACGCGGUCAGGUCGUGGUCAUGCAGGCAUAUUUUUCAAGCUUGCCCGGUGUAGAUAUACACUCAGAGUAACAUCACAAGCAUCAUACUUACCUGAAUAUAUUACACCAACACAGAAAAAUAUCAUGAUUACUAGAUUACAUUGAUAUCGAAGGAACUAGAUUCUGUUCCGAAUUAUCACAUACUCGAACCGACCUGACCGCGUAGCUCAGUUGGCAGUGCAUUCGACUAGUAUUCCAAAGGUCGUCGGUCCGAUUUCCACCGUGGUCAGGCAUAUUUUUCAAGUUUGCUCGUUGUGGAUAUAUACUCAUGCAGAGUAACAUCACAAUUGCAUCAGAAUAAAUUAACUUAUAUUCGAUGCGACUAGUCGUAUUGGAUGAUCAUUCUAGCGUAUGGAAACGAGUGCUAACGCCACUAUUCCUGUUCAUCUGUUCAUGCAUGGCGAAAUAUGAAAUGUGACAUCUUGCUGUAUCGCGUAAAUGAACCUUUACAAUAUCUUGAGUGUUGGGGCAGCGAUAAAGUAUAUGCACGGGCUUGGUUGAGUAUACCCGGCUUUUUAUGACGAGGUGUGAAGAAUCAGUGGAUCACUAAACGAACGAGUGACCACUUUGAAGAAGUGCAUGUUUAACGACAAUUCACAAUGAGUAGAUAAAAAACGUGCAAACGAACCAAUCAUGCAUAAAAAAUAUUAUUAUAGUGAAACAUGGCGCGUUCAAGGAGGGUGACCGAAAGACUAAAUGGCGAGGAUAAGUUCGUGUUGAAGUUGAAGUUCGUCGGCUUCGCUUCAGGCUAAAAUAAUUUGCCCGAAGUCGAAAUAUACAGUAAUAAGGUUUAUUCUCAUUUUCGGUCAGCUUUGCAGGGAUUGAAUCAGAUUUUGUUAAAACUCGGAUUGUAACACGGAUUGGAAUGCGCCAAUUUAAGCAUAUUCACAAAUGACCACUUCAUCAGAAGAUAUAAAGUCCAUGCAAAAUUACUCGGGACUGUUGAAAUAUGUCUACCAAAGAUAGAGAAAUGUUUUGUUACAUUAUUUACAUGCAGGUAACAUGCAAGCAAAUUAAUAAUAAUGAUUAAUUAAUGGUAUUUAUAGGAUACCAAGACCAUCAACAAGUCAAGUGCAGUAAGUUGUUGACAUAUCAGUUUUGUUUAUAGUUACCGAGUUACCAAUUACAUAAUCUGAUGAGGGUGAAAUUGUUAAACAGCUAACAAAUUAGUGAACAACUAACAAAAUAGAUAUAUCGGCCUUUUUAUGCUUGAUCAUAGGAAAACAAAAUUAAAAUCUAUUUCAUGAAAAGAUGUUGCAUAAUUCCAAUCAGGAAAUAGAUUUAUAUUAAUUUUAACAAAUUUUCAUCAUUCCUUAGAAUAUUACCCCCAUCCUUUAUUAGGCUCCCAUCUUCCAGCUAUUAAGGUCCCCAACCUCUAUUUAGCCAUAACAUCUGUUUAGCUGCUUCAUCUAUGAAGCCCCAUUCCUUCAUUCAGCCCACGCUCUCCAUUAUCCAUCCUCUAGUUAUCCCCCGCUCUCUAUUAGCCACCACCCUCUAUUUUGAACCAUCCUAUAUUUAGCGCUUUUCCUCUAUUUAAUCUCCAAAAGUAAUGAAGGCAAACAUAAUUUGUAACGUUUACUGGCAAUACCGUGUAUGUAGUGGUUUUACCGAUAUGGCUAAAGAAUGGUGAAUUGUAUGAAAAUUUCUCAAAACGUUCCUCUAAUCAUGGUUCUUUAACUUAAAUAUUUUGCAUAAGAACGUGAAUAUUUACUUCGGUUCCAGCCUUUAUUUAGGCCCCUUCCAAUAAGCCCCCAGACCAGAACGGUCGGAAAAUGUAAACCCCCUGUGGGCUAAAUAGACCGAAUAUGAUAACAGGCAAUUCCAGCUUUUAGUUUAUGCGCGCAGGGGUUGAUGGAAAGUAAGGUAUCACAUUGCUGAAUAUGCUGAAAAAAUAAAAAUGGUGGCCGCGUAAACACGGAAUUAUAGCUUAUACUUGUAAAUAUGGAAAUAUUUCGGUUGUUUUGGCAGUUUUUAUUGAAAUAUAUCAGCAUAAUCAGCAAUAUGAUACCUUACUUUCGAUCACCCCCCUGCGCGCGUACAUUAGAAGCUGGAAUUGCUUAUUCCGAUUUUUUUUUUAUUCAGCGACAAGCAGAUCAAAGUCGAGUUUCCACAAGAACAUCCCCUUAGUUCUCACAUGUCAAGACAAGAAAUGUUUCCAAAAGUCGACACUCCGAUCAUAGUGGACCCGUCAAGCAAAGUAGAAGACCCUCUGCCUAAUACAAACUCUCUUCCAUCGCUAGUUCCAGCCCCCAGCUCGACAGUUGUUGUUCAAAAGGUCAUGGGAAACUUUGCCCGCAGGGAGGUGUUUACUCCUCAGACAAGUGCCUUACGACAACCUCUCACUUUGAGUCAUAGGAAAGUUGAACGUCUACAGGUAUGACGAAUAUAGUAGCGUAACCAGCCCGACGAUUUACUCCAGCUAUGCAAAUAUAUUCGUGUUCAUUGACUGUGAAAACAAUCAAUUUCUAAAUAAAUGAAUAAUGAUAAUAAUUUUGAAUUUGCAUAGCGGGACUAAAUUGUCGAACUUGCUACGCCACAGAUGCAUAUAUAUCUUUUAUACACUAGGUAGUGCAUCUAAUUAUUCUGCAAUUCAAAAAUUGAAGCCGUGAUCGAUUGCAGACUCAGGAUAUUCCCAUGAAAUGAGAAGAUUCGUAUGUUUUCUAUUUCUUAAACAGGGAACUUAAACAUUAAGUUAGACCUAUUUCAAAUACAUUUUUUAAAUUUAAUCUAUUCAAAUGAUGAGAGUUAUUGUUGUUUUUUAAGCGUUUCUUAGCGAGUGGAAACUACCAACAUGGCCGCCAUCUAUUCAAAUGGGGGUAACCGCUGGAAUAUUCUUGGCUUCAAUUUUACUAUAAAAGAGAUGCGCUAUCUAGUGUAUAUAAGAUAUCUAUGCACGAAUGACGAAGCUCAGUUUAAUUUGUUCAGAUACCCCCUUACCUAUGUACUUCCCAGGAAAGAAUUUACUAUGGGUAUCUGGGGGUGGGUGAACGGGUGCGCAUACCCUCUUGUAACUUUGCCAAGGGAGGACGGGGGCAGGAGAGUGCAAAAUUUCUUACCAAAUUUACCUUUUGGGCUCUCUCAAUGAUGAUAAAACCCUGCGACAGUGGAUCGUUUUUAGCUGGCACCACGACAAGCGCCCGCUCAACAUUCCCUACACCAGUUCGAGGUAAGCACUGUACUUCUGCAAUUGUUACAUUGUGCUUCUAUUCUUAAUCAUUACAGAUUGAGAACCCUUGGUUUUCACGACAUGAAGUUAUGACGCAGUUCAAUAAACAAUACCCUACUGUGAUACCAAAAAUCGCUUUAAAUAUUCAGAAAAAGAAACAACCAAGUUGGCUUGUUUAUGGCGCUAAUGCUAUCUGA